AUGGAUUCGAUCAAUCCGCAUGUGCCAUCGGUGGCACUAUUUGUCACUCGAUCGGAAAUUGAUUUUUCUCAUCGUUCGCCAAGUCCGAUCUGUCAACGAUGGUUUAUGGUUCUAUAUUUGAAGUCUGAAGCAAAAGAACUUGCACUAACCGUUUAUCCAGUCAAUAUGAAAAAUCCUGAACAAGAAUUUAAAAAAGCGUAUAAUUCGAAUCCACCUGUUGUCGUAUUUCAUGAAACAAACGAUAAAUCAUCUCAAGUUGUACUCACUGAUAAUCGUGAUAUCGAAGCUGAAAUUAGUAAACGUUUUCCUGUUAUGAACAUGAAUUCACUCAAAGAAGCCGAAGAUGUUUGUUCGAAUGUUUAUAUUAAAUUUCAUCCUUACUUAAAAUCACAGGCAGGUGAUCCUCAAGAGCAAUUCAAAUUGCGCAGUUUAUUAACUGAGUUCAAGCGUAUCAAUGAUUAUCUCGAAGAAACAGGAACUAAAUUCCUGUCGGGAAAUGAAAUGACAUUUGUCGAUUGUGACGUUAUGCCCAAAUUACAACACAUACGUAUUGCUGGAAAUUAUUAUAAAAAUCUAGACAUACCACGUGAAUUAAAUGCGCUGUGGACAUAUAUGGAGCGUUGUUAUCAAACGAAAGCUUUUCAAGAAUCAUGUCCGUUUGAUCAAGAUAUAUUAAUGCAUUAUGAAGGUAAAGUUGCGCCUAACCAGAAAUCAGUUGGCAAAGCGCCAACGUUACAACAACCAACAAUGACAUUAACAAUAUGA